AUCAGUAGAAGAAGAGAAAGAAGACAUGCACACGCUUUGUGUCUUCAUCCUGUUGUGAGUUUGUUGUGGAUUAUCUGUCUUCGUUAGCAGUAGCUAGCACUGCUGCUAAAUAUGCCGAUUGGCAACCAGAAUAUUUAUGUUUAUUGAGGUGUAUUAUCGCUGUCUGUAGUAAUUUGUAAAGUCUAAGCGGAAAUGUUAAGCGUGGAGUCGUUGCAAGUGGCUGAGGAGGAGGUGGUUGAAUCCAGUUCCAAUAAACUCGGUGACAUUUACACUUUUGUGGCUAAAGGCUGCUUUCCUCAGACGAUGAAUCCUUUACGAAAGAAGAAUCUCAAAAGAUACGCCCAGAAAUUUAUCAUUGAUGAGGGCAAGCUGUACUAUGUGGGACCCAAGAAAGAAGAGAAGAGGGAAGUGGUGAUAGAGGCUGAGAGGAAGAGGCAGAUUUUUCUCGACUGCCACUUCAAUGACAUCGGCCAUCACCUGGGCCAAAAGAAGACUGUCAACAGGAUCCAGAGCAAAUACUACUGGCUGGGGAUCAUCAAGGACGUAGUGGAUUGGAUUAAAGUAUGUGAGACCUGUCAGCACACAGAGAGGAAUAAAAACCUGGCAAGGACUGUCCGGCCUAUAAAAGUGGACGCACCAUGGGAUAUUGUUGGGAUUGACAUUAUAGGGCCUUUUCCAGAGACCCGGCAAGGCAGCACUAAUGUUACAGUCCUCAUUGAUUACUUUAGUAAAUGGCCAGAAGCUUUUCCAGUGCAAAAGACAGAUGCUCUCUCUGUUGCGAGAUGUAUUUCCAAAUGCAUAUACAGGUUUGGUGCCCCUAAAACAAUAGUGUGCACGCAGAAUGCUGACUUCUGUGAUGAGGUGACAAAGCUGCUGUGCGACAGGUGGAGCAUCGUGCAGAAGGUUUCUCGUCUGGAUCAAACUCAGCUCAACCCGCUCCACGACUGCACAAGUCCUUUACUGAAGGAAGCCAUUGUGCAGAUGGUAACGGAGAAGCAGGCUGAAUGGGACGACUUCCUGGACCCCGUCCUGUUUCUGUUUAGGACAUCCACCAACCCUACGACCAAGUUCACCCCUUACUCCCUCAUGUUCAACAGGAAAGCUAAUUUACCAAACGAGACUGCAUUGAGCCCGCUGAAUUAUGAUGACCAAGAGCAGGACACGUAUUCCACAAAGGAGAAGGCCUCGACAUACAUGACCAUAAUGCAGGAGCAGCAGAACUCUGUGAAGCAGCUGGUGAUAGCCAAUAUGAACGCAGCCUACAAACAAGAGAAGAAGAAGAACGCCAAACGCAGGACACAUAACAUGCCCUCGAUGACCUUUAAAAUGGCAGAUCCUCUGUUUGGUGCAGGAGACUCACCCUCCCCGAAAAAACUGAAAGAGAGUUUAUAUUUGUCUUUUCCUGUCGAGACGGUGCUGGCCACCGAGCAAAGCAGCUCAGAAGACAUAAAGACGGAGUUAGCGUAUCACUUAGCUGAGUCCAACGUCCACUGAAGAGGACAGUUUGAAAAGACUGUAAAGAGGACACAUCAGUGGAGCACGACUACAUGCGGUCAUGAGUUGCCUGAAGUCUUGGGCAGAAGAUGGAAAUCCAGGUGUUGGUGAAAUGAGUGUGAUGAUUAGUGCUACUAAUGCUCAUGUCAGUUGAACGUCAUGUUUCACUUGUAGAUGAAUCUCACACCUAGAAACAGAAUCCACUGGCCAAAGAAAAGGCAGUGAACAUUAACCCAUGUGAAUUGUUGAGCUUUUCCCCCUAUUUACCUACAAAAUAAUGUUUUUUCCCAUGAAAAUGAUGUUAACUUAUUUGUUGUCAUACAAUAGAUUUUACUUUAAAAUAAAGGUAUGGUUUCGUUUUUGUA